AUAUUAAUAAAUUAAUACAUUAUAUGAUGUAUAAAGUGUUGCGUUAGUUUAUGUCAUGGACAUUCUAUGACACUCAAUGCAUUCUCAUGUUGAUGAAUUGAAUUUUAUUAUCUUUUUACAUUUAUAUUAAUCUUAUCCUCUAGGUUUUUUUGUUGCCGAGACAAAUGUAGUGAAGACAGUGUCGGUGACCGAAGGAGAUUCAGCCACUCUGGACUCUGAGGUUUCUGAAAUACAGGGAGACGACAGCAUAGAGUGGACGUUUGGAAGCAUUCGUGUGGCUAGAAUGAAGGGAAGGAAUGGUAUCUUUUCUAUGCAGUACAGUAAUGAUUGGAAAUUCGCAGGCAGAGUCCAGCUCCAUAAUCAAACUGGAUCUCUCACCAUUAGAAACAGCAAAUCUGUACACAGUGGAGUUUAUGAUCUAAGCAUCACGGUCGGAAGUGUGGAGUCAACCAAGAGUUACAGGUUUACAGUUUAUGCUCCUCUGUCCUCUCCAGUAAUCUUCGUUGACGCUUUACAAUGUUUGUCAUCAUCAGAAAGAUCAUCCAAAUUUGUGCUGUUGUGUUCAGUGUUGGAUGUGAGUCACGCGACUCUCUCCUGGUACAAAGGAAACAGUUUAUUGUCCAGCGUCAGUGCAUCUGAUCUCAGCGUCAAUCUCUCUCUUCCUCUGGAGGUGGAAUAUCAGGAUAGAAACACCUACAGCUGUGUGAUCAACAAUCCCAUCAGCAACCAGACCAAACAUCUGGACAUCAGUGAUCUCCAUUGGUUAAUUUCAGAAUCUGACAACAAUUGUGGCACUGCUGAAGCUGUGAUCCGAUUGGUCGUCUCAGCUCUGAUGGGCGUGGCUGCUGUGUUGGCAUGUGUUGUUCUGGUUUAUGACAUCAAAUCCAGAACAGGAUAGGAGAAAAAACAAAACAAAAUCAAACAUCAGGACAAUCAAAAACAUGUUGUUAAAGGCACAAUAUGUAAAUGAAAAUGUCCUAAAUUUCUUUCCUUUUUAUAAGUAGAGUAAAUUCAGUUUGAUUGGGACACUUUUUUUCAUCUGACUAAAAUGUGUCCCAAUAAACCUGAAUUUACCCUACUUUUCUGAAAUAUUUUAGCACUUUUUCAAAAAUGUACAGAAACUAGACAGAGAUAUUUUUGUGUAUUCUUAUUGAUAAUGGUGCAUUAUAUAUUUUGAUGCAAAAUUUGAUGCCCAUAAAGCAAAGAAAAUAGUAUACGGAAUAUAAAUAAAAAAGCAUUGUUG